CACAGGCUGUGGGCCAAACCCUAACUUAGCUGGAAUGGAAACAAAACCAUAAAUGCUGGGAGGACUCAUGGUCAGAAGGGACCACAUACCCUGAGGAGCAGAGAAACUUGAGAGCUAUAAUGUGUUGGUCAAGAUUUUGAGUCACAGGGAUGGAAGAUGUUCUCACGGUCUAGGUGAGCUGCAUGUAGGACUUUGUUGGGGCGGAGAAGGUCCACUUCUGCCACCCAGUGUGGUGGCCACCUGCCCCUUGUGCACACUGAGCACUGGAAAUGUGCUCCUGCAAUUGGGAAACUGGAUGUUUUAGUUGUAUUUCAUUUAAUUAAUUCAAAUUGUAAUUUAAAAAUCACAUGGGGCUAGUGGCCACAGUAUUGGAUUAUGGGGACCCAAAGCACAAAAGGUUCAUUAGUUCAUAUAACUGAAAAUUCUAGGCACAUCUGACUUCAGGCAGGGCUGGAGCCAGGAAUUCGGAUUCAGUCAUCUGGGCUUGGCUUUUCUGUCUGUGGCUGUGCUCUCCUCCUGGACACCUUUGUUGUGCAGGCAGGUGGCCUCCAUGUGACUGGCACGGUGGCCAUGGGCUGCCUCUAACGCACAUCUGUCCUUUUGCUGUGACCAAAGUCCCACAACAGAACGCUGCUGGUCUGGCACAGAUCGUUUGUCAAUGCCUGGAAACAGGGGUGGGAAGACUCCUCAUGGAUUGGGAGUAGAAGAAGGCUGGUUCUCCAGAGGGAAAAAUGAGGUGAUGUCCUUAAAAGAAGCCUUGGGCACUGGGGAGGAGCAUUAAAGAAAUGGACAUAUGGACAAAGCAAAGCAAAACAGAUACUCGCCAUAGAUGGAAACUUACAUCAUCACAGUAAGUGAUGAAAUAAGUGUUAUCCAUUAUCAUCACAGUAAUGACAGCACAGAAUUCUGAACCAGGAGUCUGAGAAUAAUCUAGAUCAUCAGAAAGCAUCUAAUCUGAUAUUGGCAAAUACAUAGCACAUAUGUCUCAGUGACCUUAAUCCCUAUUUCUUACUACCCUCCCCAACUCUACAUGGAAGCACAUUCUCAGUGGAAGGGAAUUCUCCGGGUGGGGGCAGGCUCUCCUGAGCUCUCUCUGUGUGCCCAGAACUUGCCAUUUCCUCCGCACCACACCCGGUGAGGUAGAACUUAUCUCCACCGGGGCUGAGAGAGGGUAUGUGAGCUUCCCGCUCACAUAGCUGGCGCUGCCAGACGUUGGAUUUGAGGACAGCUGGUGUGACUCAAAGGCCACAGCUUUCCCGCACUCCUCGAGUCCUCCCGAGGAGGCCUGCUUGCCCCGAGACCACCCCCUGCUGAAGCUGCUUCCUCAAGCCCAGGCCCUGUGGGCACAGCAUUCAUUCCUCAUCACCGACCUCUCCCAACAAGAACACAGUCUCAGGGAGCCUUUUUGGACUAAAGUGACCUAGAAGCCUUCCUGUGGAGUAACGCAGUGGCGGGGUUCCUUACAUGGGGAAGAGGAGGCCUUGGGUGACCACAGAGCUGCUCUGCUGUGAGGAACAGGGAGGGCCAGGCCUCCCAGGUGUCAAGAAGUCUGGCUGUGAGUCAGCUCUGCCCCCAGCUCAGUCUCUAGCUGGCUGUGUGACUUUGGGUGGUCAGACCUUCUCUCUGCCAUGCUUUCCUCAGAAGAGUUUCCUGUGAAAGUGAGGGUUUCAGCACCCUGAGUUCUGGGCCUCAUUCAUUCCUAAUCUCUAGCUCUUGGCUGCCACAGAGUCCACCAGAGUCCACCAACUUCCACCUCUGGGUCUUGGCCUGUGACCACUGCUGUACAUGCGAGCCCCUCUGCUCAGCACCUCUCUGCUGGACUCUGCCCAGCCAGCGCUGUGCAGCCUUCAUGUUCCCCCAGCGCUUGUCCCUUCAGGGAAGGCUUCUGGAUGAGGAGACAACUGAGCUGAGUCCUGAGUGGAGGAACUGGGGUGGCAGAGUGGAGGAAGUAGAAGGACAGCCAGGAGGACAGCAAGGGCGAAGGCCCGGAAGCUAGGGUGCUGCUGCGAGGUCCUGGGUCACCAGGCCACUUACAUCUAUAUGAAGGCCGCCUACCUCAGCAUGUUUGGGAAGGAGGACUACAAGCCGUUUGGGGAUGACGAAGUAGAGUUGUUUAGAGCUGUACCAGGCCUGAAGCUCAAGAUUGCUGGGAAAUCUCUACCCACGGAGAAGUUUGCCAUCCGGAAGUCCAGACGCUACCUCUCCCCGAAGCCCAUCUCAUUGCCAAUCCCUGCUCUGGAAAUGAUGUACAUUUGGAAUGGCUACGCUGUCAUUGGGAAGCAGAAGGAACUCACAGAUGGGAUACUUGAGAUUAUCACCAGGGCUGAAGAGAUGCUGGAAAAGGGCCCAGAGAAUGAGUACUCAGUGGAUGAUGAGUGCUUGGUGAAGCUGCUGAAAGGUCUGUGUCUGAAAUACGUGGGCCGUGUCCAGGAAGCCGAGGAGAACUUCAGGAGCAUCUCUGCCAAUGAAAAGAAGAUUAAAUAUGACCACUACUUGAUCCCAAAUGCCCUGCUGGAGCUGGCCCUGCUGUUUAUGGAGCAAGGCAGAAAUGAAGAAGCUGUCAAACUCUUGGAAACUGCCAAGCAAAACUAUAAGAAUUACUCCAUGGAGUCAAGGACACAUUUUCGAAUCCAGGCAGCCAUACUCCAAGCCAAGUCUUCCCUAGAAAAUGGCAGCAGAUCCAUGGUCUCGCCAGUGUCCUUGUAGUUUUGUGACGUGUUCCUGGGCUGGAAGAAAGACAGCUGAACAGAGCUCCUGGAAACAUUUCAAGAAGAUCCCCUUUCCCCCUACCCUGCCUUUGGGGUCCACCGGUGCUCCAGUGGGAUGGCACGACACGGGUGUCCCUGCAGACGUGAAGCCGGUAUUUCUACCAGUGUGGCCAAGGACCUUUGUCAAGGGCACAGCAGGUGGAGCCCUCUGCCUGCCCUGUCACAUGUACGGGUACUUGUUUUUCACUGUGAUGUUUAAGAGAAUGUAUGAACAGUUUACAUUUUCCUUAGAAAUACACUGAUGGGAUCAUAGUUGGGUUAAAAAAAAAACCACCAACCACCUGUAAAUCUUCCUUUAGCCUAUGUGGAUCUGGAGGUAAAUCUAUCGGUUUUAAAGUCCAAAUGCUUUUCAAACUUCAGCAAGGUCUCAGCUCCUGGGGCUGGAGGGGCCCUCAGGAGAGUCUACACCUCAGGUUUCAAGGCUUCUGGGGAUUGGACAUAGAGGUUGCCCAGACACCCAUUACCUGACUUCUUACACUACAUUUACACUUCCUUUGUAACUUUAGUUUAAAAAAAAUCAAAGACAUCUUUUUAGUGAAGUAAUUUUCAUUCGAGUCCAUCUCUAGGUAAAAAAAUCUGUCUCCACCAAUGAGGAGUGUGGAUGCUGAGGCCUGGUGGAAGGGGAGCUGUUGUAACCUUUUUUUGUGCCAAAGCCAAGUUUUGGGGGAGGUUCUCAGACACCAGUCUGCAGCCUCACUGUAAGCCAAACCCAAACCACUGGAACUAACUUAAGAAACAUAUAAAAACUUCUGUACUUCACCCCAAGGUACAUUUACAGACAGCAUUUCUCUCCUGGAAUGGUUAUCUUGGCCUAUUGUUUUAGAUUUUUCAGUUAAAAGAGAUAUUUAAGUAAUAAAACUUAAAUACUUAAGAGAUCAUGUGACAGCUAUUUAAGUAUAAUAAGUGUUGCUUGAAUUCUUCAGGUCAGAAAGUUUGGAUAAGAAGCCAUGUGGCCCAGGUGUAUUUUAUUUAGACAUGAUGUUUAAAAAAUUUUUAGAACAAGUUAUUAACAUUUAAAAAUGGGGAGAUUUCACAAAUCUGGUUUCUGGCCUCAUUCCUCCAAAGCAACAAGGCAACAAUCACUUGGAGCCAAGUAGAAGGUCCUUAAAGUACUUAUAUUACCUUUCUGGACCCUAAAAGCAUCUGAAUUUGCAACCUCUGGUGACUAUUAAAGUAGGAACUCAAGUUCAGUGACCAACAGCACGUUUUACCAGCAGCAUACUUCAGCAUAACCAUUUGCUGGGAGGAAAAGUCAUGUACACAGUAAAAAUAUUCAUCUUGGAAAAUGUGACUCCUCAAAUACAUGAAUGCAAUUUCUGUAUGGGAAGAACCACAGACAGUUCAAUCUUCUAGCACUGCUGUGUUUAGAAAACACUUAACAGGGGCUGGGUGGGUUAAUCUAUUAAUAUACAGCCAACCACCUCCUGUGACAGAUAUUGAAUGAAGCCCAUGGGUUUUAGGUAAAGCAUAUUCUGAUUAGGAAAACCAACUGUUAUCCAAGAUCUUCUUUAAACCUUAGUACUGUCAGCAAAAAUAUUAUGAAAAUAAAGAUUCUCAGUUUGUUAGAACUAGACAAGAGAAAGUUUUCUGUAAGAGAGCAAGCCCUUUGCAAGCUCUCUCUCCUUCAAAGCCUGAAUGCUAGGAGACUAGCCUGCUUCUAGUUUGUUAGGCAGGGCAGGUAAGAGGGGUGACUGGAGCCAGGCUGAAUGAGGGUGGCCUUUUGUGGCUCUUGCACAUACUGGAACGUGACCUACUGCUGUACAAAAGCAGUACUGGUCAUGAGAUGCCGAAUGUAUAAUUUGCAGUUUACAAAAACUUCUAUCUCAACAUUCAUUUUAGGUGCUUUUGCUUGUUUUUUAAAAAUUUAUGCCAGGGUGGUUUCCUUGUUGAUGUUUGUUCUCUGAUUUCCUGCUGCCUAUGUCAACUUUACCUCUGCUGCCUGGGCUGUAUCUGGCUGGUAAGAGAAAUCAGUGGGUUUCAUCUCCUUAAUCUCACCUGUAGCUUAAGAUAGUCUAUCAAAAAACAUUUAUGUAAAGGAGGGUGAAGAUGUUGGGUGUCUGACACCACCAUAUACUUGGACAGAGGCCCUAGAAGGUGAAAAUCCUGCUGUAGGCUUCUCGUGUCUUCAGGUCACUUCUGGUCAUUGCUUCUCUAAUAGUGCAUCUGCUCUGGGACACAUCAGGUAGAGAGUUUUGACCUUAGAAAUAAGACCUGAAUUCUAGUCCCUGCUUUCCUACUGAUUUUCAGUGACCCUGGGAAAAUAAAUCAUGGACCCUCGAAAAAUCUGUAAUUUGGACUAGAUUAAAGCUUCUUCCUGCUGUCAACAGUCCUAACUCUGGCUAAGUAUGUUUCUGAGGUUUCAUCUCCAAAAUGAAGCCAGACACCUACCUCCCUACUGCCAAAGCCUUGUGUCCUCAAGCAAUUCAACCAGAAAUGACAGGCUUCCUCACUCAGGGCCACUACAGUAGCCCAGGACACCCAGGGAACAACCCUCAUUUGGGGAAAGUCUAAGUCCACUGCUACACAGACAAACUCAGUUGUUAGGAAAGAAGCAACUGUGUAACAUAAUCUGAACAGGGUAUUGGCAACAUACAAUCUACCUCAACCUCUCACUGGCCAUAGGCCCUUAGACACGCAGGGUGGCUUCCAGCAGUGUUAGUCACUAUCAGUUCUCCCAUGUGUUGGCAGGAUUCCCUAUUCCUUAUCUCUCAAGUCAGAGUGGGAGUGUUUCCAACAGCUGUCAUCAUUCACAGCAAAAAGCCAUGACCUGACAGCAAAGCCAAGACCCUAAAAAGGCUAAAUAAAGCCAACUCAAGACUUGGCUGAAGUCCAGGUGGGAGAUUCCCAGCACCUGAAGAAUGGCACAGGAGGUUUUCAGCCUGCUGAGUGCUAGAAUCAUGAAAAUAAAAUAAAAAACAAAAUCCAAAGAUUUUUCUCUGGAGUUACUCCCAAGUUUAUUAUUUUAAGAUAAUGGGGAGUGGACAACAGUCUUACUUGCUUUAAUGUCUAACAGUAUGACUUUUCAACAACUUUCCUUAUGUUCUUACCCACCAUCCUAAUUCAGUCAUAAAAAGAGAGGUGCCUGGAUUCUGAAAGUCAAGCAGCAAAUGAGAACUUUUUCCCUCACCCUCUUAUGCAGCUUUCCAAGGUUGGAAAUGCCCGAAUGGAUUAGCAUAGCUCCUUUGAAAUCUGGUACAAAGUUCAUUACUGCCCAACAGGGUACAUCUACAAGUAAGAAGCCUCAUUUGAGGGCUUGAAAAAUCAAUUUCUAAAUGAACAGUCCAUGAAUUGCUUCUACCGUAAAGUGAAUUGUUAAGUGACAAUGUGAGUGCCCUUCCUUUGGGAAGAUACGGUUACUGAAAUUUGCUAUUGACGUCUUAAAGUUGACAUUCAUUUACUCAGACACAUCACAGCUAACACCUUGCAAAUGACCAGAUUAGGUCUUAUUUUUCUUCACAUAAACAUUUCAGAACACCAGACAGUGUAUGUUCUUGGUGGAAGAAAAAUGGCUAAUAUUAAGUUGCUCACUACUUACCAGCUACUAUUCUAAGCACUUUAUAUUUACCUAAUCCUCAUCACCACACUAUGAAGUACAGACUCUCAUAGCCAUUUCACAGAUGAGAAAACUGAGAUACAGCUUAAAUAACUUGCCUAAGAUCACACAACUAUUAUGGAGCAGAAAGAUUUGAAGCCAUGCUUUACUAAAACUUGCUGACCAAGCUGUAAAACUAUCAGAUAAAAGUUGGAUCUGACAUCGACUCUUGGGCCACUGUUACAGAUGGAGAAAGUACUGGCUAAUAACUCAAACACUAGACAUCCUUGGCUUGGGACUCAUGGAGCAGGUGUCUCUGUGGCAUGGUUCCCCUGGGCCAUUUGGCAAAAUGAGGUAGUGAUAGGUCUAAUUUAGACAAAGCCAAAAGAAAAGCAACCCUUAAGCAGCAAUGUUUGCUCAUAAAAUCACCAAGGAUGUUGUAGGAAAAGGCAUGAUCAAUCCCCAGCUGUAGUAGUUUCAGUCAGCUACUCCACGGGAUGGGAAGUGAAGUCUGAAUAGAUGCAGAGGCUCAGGCCCUGACAAGCCUGAGGGGUAUGCAAACCAUAUGUCAGGAAAGUUUGGCAUAAGACAGUGAGGGGUAGAAACACUGGUAAACUGGGAAUCCUAUGAUGCCAAAGGCACUCAAAGAAUUUUAAGAUUAAGAGUGCUGGUGGGCCAAACACAUACCUGUGAGCCUAAGUGGUCCAUGGGCUAGAAAUCUAUUCCCCUUGGCCAGAGCUGACUUUCAGACAACUAUGGAAAAGAGGUUGUGAGCAAAUUCACAGUAAGAAACCUGAUCUUCUAAAGUAUCAAUUUUUAAGUUCUAUUAAUUCAAAGCAAAGACUGAAUUCAAAUUUAGUUGGAGUUACUUCAAUGUGAGAAUCAGUUUAUUCUUUUGUAAAAUGUGGCUAAUGUCAACUGCUUCACAAGGUUGCUGUGGGUAAAAUGAUAUGUAAACAAACUAUAUUAAGAUAAGGUAAAUGUACUGACCCACAUAUGCUGUGGGAAGGCAGUGUGUAUGGCCUAGGGGAUGAAUGAAUCAAGGGCUCUAGCACCUCUAGUCAGUAGGGCUUCUCCACAUCUUGGUUUUACUCCUGUUAUUCUCUCAAACUGGCUUCUCUGCAUGGCAGUUCAGACCUCUCACAUCCUUACAGUUUUGUGGCCAGAAAAGUUUUUCCUACCUCCAGUAUGGGAAAUCCCAAAUACUCAAUAUGGUUUGGCUUGAAUGUCCAUUCUUUAGACCAGCAGUUCCCCAAAUCAGCAUUAGACUAUUAGGGAAUUUGUUAGAAAUGCAAAUGAUCAGACCCCCCCUAAGACAGCAGAGGUGAGGCUGAGCAAUCUGGAUUUUCACAACCCCUCUAAGUGGAUCUGAUACACACUAAGUUUGAGAACCAAUGCCUUAGUAAGGGAAUCUUAGUACUACAAUCAGUUUUAUCUUGUGUCAUAUGCUCAGUUGGGGGUUAUUCAAAAAGAUGGGGUGCUGGGUGGGCAAAAACAUGUUAUCCACUCUUUUUUUUCAAAAGUUGAUAUACAGGAACUAUGACCUGCCACAUUUCAAGGUGAAUGUGAGGGGGAGGAUAGUGGGUGUAAUUCGCAGUGCUGAUAAAAACAAAGCUUAUCAGAAAGCUGCCCACUCAAUAACAGCCUUGUCUUUGCUCUGCUCCUUGCCACCCCUAAAACCUUAUGAAGACUUGUAGUUUCCACUGGGAACCUCCUUCACAGUGGCUCCCUCUACAUCAGAAACCCUCGGACUCCUUAGGGCCUCACUUCUUUCCCAUUUUCUCCUUCACUUCCCUUAAUAUCUAUUGAAGCAUCUAGUGGUCCUGCUCUCAUGGAGCUUAGUCUGGUAAGGAAGACAUACAAGUAAAUGAAUAAUUAGGGCCAAGGAGUAAAUAAACAGGGGAUGUGUUUGGUCCAAAGGAUAAGAAGCCAGACCUGAACAAUCUGAGGAAGUGAACUACAGGGCAGAAAUUACAGCCUCAAAAGGCACAAGAAGAAAGUCUAUGUGGCUAGAAGGCAGAGUACUAUGAAAGGAGAGAGGCAGAAAGCCAGCUGUCUCCGUUAAGGAGUUUGGAUUUUAUUUUCAGCACACUGGAAAGCCAUUAAAGUUCUAAGCAGGGGAAUGACAUCAUCUAAUUUACUCAAAAUUAUUCUAGCUGUUGUGUGAAGAAUGGAUUAUAUAGGGUUAAACAUGGAAUUUAAGAGGCUAGUGCCAUGCCGAAGGCCUCCAGCACAAAUUGCUUCUGCUUUGUGUGAGCUCCUGAUACAAAUCUUCCCUUCUCCAGUUACUAGAAUUAGGGAGAAAAAAAUACUUCCAAUAUGCUGUGAUAAUCAGGCUUUAAGAGUCAACGACUUGGCAUUUCAUCAUCUUCCCUCUUCAUGGGAAGUCAGAAACCAGCUUAUCAAAACCUAUACCUAUAAACAUGGUUUCUUACUUCAAAUGUAUCUUCAAAGCCAUUAACUCAAUGUUUAAUAAAUAAAUAGUCCUGAUAACAGGACUUCCAGUAACUACUCAUCUGAAAAUCCCUACUAGAGUAGCACCUGUCUCACUACCAGAAGGAGUAUUUAUGAAUUCUUCCUCAUGUCAAGAUAACAUUAUAGAUAGCGAUUUAUCAGGUGUAAGGGCAAUGAAGACAAAUGGUUUGUGAACAGCUUCCUUUCUUCACACACUGCACACCCUAAAAUAGCAGCUAUUAAUUUAUGAUCUGUCUGCUGAGUUCAGCUACCCUCAUGGAGAGGUCAUUAUUCUACUGUUUCAAAGCUUAGGGAUUGGCAGAAUGUAGCCUAUUCCCACAAGCCUAGUAUGAGAAGUGCUGGAAGCCAAUCUCAAUGUCUGACAGCAUAGUGCAGGCUUCCCAAUUCACAUGACUAACACUUGCUUUUGGAUUCUUAAUGAUUAAUUACUAUGAAGCCCCUGGGGAAAGCCUGGGCUCAUUACUUUUGCAAAGUCAACCCAAUCUUCUCGCAAGCAGCGUUCACCACUGUGACCAGACUCUUGAAGCAAACCCAGUUACCUUUUUCAACUUCUUUUAAUCAGUGCCAAGAACUUGGGAGUCUACAAGCACUGAUGUUCUAGAAGAGGUUCAAAGCAAACAGGUCUUGCUCCUCAUUUGAUCACAAGCAGUUUUAGAUGCCUAAAAUCUGUACCUUAUUGAUAACGCUGCUUCAUUCAUUCAUUCAUAUGCACAGAAAACAAGCUUUCUGUAGAAAGCAUCCAAAGAUGAGUAAAUCUCCCAGUGGACAAUUACUUUUCUCAAGAAAUGAAAAUGUAAAGGAAACUAUCCUAAAAUUUCCUCAAAACUUUAUGAAUCAGUAAGUGGUUUUGGUUUAUCAAUAACAUUAAUCAGAUGGAUCUGGUUAUUGUUCUGAGCUGAUGCCUACUGUUCAGUGAUAAAGCAAAUGAACAGUGUGGACAAUUGAAAUGUGCAGAUAAAUCCAAACUCCUUUUGUAAAAUUUCA